AUGCCUCCAACUGGUGUGUGCACUACAAUCAUCAAUGCACGUCAAAAGAAAGAUGGUUAUGGUCCCUUCACCAAACCUGAGAAGUUCCUCAACCAAGACUUCCAUCAGCUGAAACGCUACUGUGUCAUCCAACGGGUGAGGUACAUCGAUGAGAUGUUCCCCCCUGACAGGAAGUCCAUCGGCGAAGGGUUGCUGAGCCCUGCUGACCUAGCUCGAGUGGAGUGGCUGAGACCAUCGAUACUUGUUCUCAACCCAUCUCUUGUUGUUGACGGGGUCUCCAGGUUUGACUUUGGUCAAGGUUUGGUUGGAAACUGUUGGUUUCUUGCGGCUAUCGGGGCUCUGACAUUCCAGAAUGACGUCCUUGAGCAAGUUGUUCCUCUCGAGCAAAGAUUUGAUGAGGACUACUGUGGGCUGUUCCACUUCAGGUUCUGGAGAUUUGGAAGGUGGGUGGAUGUUGUCAUUGAUGACAAGCUACCAACAAUCAAUGGCAGACUAAUCUUUGUUCACUCCAAAGACCCAACUGAGUUCUGGCCUGCUUUGCUGGAGAAAGCUUAUGCGAAAGUGUGCGGUUCCUACUCAGACAUGAAUGCUGGAACUCCUGCCGAGGCUUUGGUGGACUUCACUGGAGGUGUUCACAUACGACUUCAUCUGCCAGACUGUCUUCCAGACCUGUGGGAAAUUAUGUGCAGAGCUGGCCAAUCCAAGUCACUGAUGGGUUGUGGUACAGCACAGGGGGAGACAUUUGCCGACAGUGUAUUACCAAAUGGAUUGGUCCAAAGCCAUUCCUACGCUGUCACAGGUGUGAAACAGAUGAUGAGCAGAGAGCAACUAGUACACCUGGUCCGUUUGUGGAACCCCUGGGGCAAAGGAGAGUGGAACGGAGACUGGAGUGAUCAGUCGCCUUUGUGGCAAACCGUGAGUCCUCAAAAUCGUGAGAUGUGCCUUUCAGUGGCUGAUGAUGGGGAGUUUUGGAUGACCCUGGAAGACUUCUGUAAGUUCUACACGGAUCUUGACAUCUGCUGCCUGUGUCCCGACUUCCUUGAUGGAAGUUCUUCAUCCCUUUGGAAGACCUCCUUCUACGAGGGCAGAUGGGUGGCAGGCACCACGGCUGGAGGAUGCAUAAAUAACCUUGAGAGCUUCUGGACUAAUCCACAGUAUCGGGUCAAGGUUGACAAACUACUGACUGAAUGUUCUACAAAAGAGGGUGAAAAAAACAUGCUGGUGUCUCUCAUGCAAAAGCCUGACAAGAGGAACAGGCGUCUUGUCCAAAAUCUUCACAUUGGAUUCUCUGUAUUUGAGGUGACCAAAGAAUACGAGGCACAGAGGGGAAAGUUCCCAGCCUCUUUCUUCAGCAAAAACGAACCUGUUGCCCAAACUAAAACCUACAUGAAUGCACGUGAGGUGAUGGCGUUCAUAAUGCUGACACCAGGCGAGUACCUGAUUGUGCCGUCCACCUUCAAACCCAACGAGACAGCCUCCUUCAUCCUGACCAUUCUCUCCAAGGCAGAGACCCAUGUCCAAGAGAAUUCUGGUGGCCUUAACCAUGAACAGUUAGAGGAAGAAGACGCGUGCAAGUCCAUACCAGCCGAAAAUGGAGUGGAUGACGAAAACAAGAGAAACUUGUUCCAGCAAUUCUCUGACAAGUAUGAUGAAGUGGAUGCUGAGCAGCUCCAGAGACUUCUAAAUGACAGAAUCCUGAAAGGAGACUUGAAAUCUGGAGGCUUCAGCAUUGAUGCCUGUCGCAGCAUGGUUGCACUAAUAGAUACAUCAGUUACUGGCAAACUAAAUGGUGAGGAAUUUGUUCGUCUGUGGAGGAAGGUUGCCAAAUACAAGGAAACUUUCUUCCACACUGAUGUUUCACAGACAGGAACACUGUCACUGAAGGAGCUCAGGAAUGCAAUCACAGUUUCAGGAAUGAGGAUCAGCGAUGAAAUGCUGAAUAUAAUUGCUCUGCGCUACGGUUCUUCCUCUGGAUUCAUAACACUGGAAAACUUCAUCAGUCUAAUCCUUCGCAUUGACUGCAUGAACAACAUCUUCGGCCAGCUGUCUGAUGGAUUGACUGUCACUCUUCGAGAAUCAGAGUGGAUGUACCUUUCGAUGUACACUUAAGCUGACACAGAAGAUGGACUGCAGGAUUCACUUGGAAUUACAUCUGCAGAUGAUGUGAAAGGAAAUAAAUGCAAAAUGUGUUCUUCUACAAAUGAGCAGUUACAUGGUAUUAAACAGCAGAGCAUUUACAGUACUUUCAACUUUGCUAAUGGACGGGGUGAAACUCCCUUCGCCUCAUGUUCUCGUUCCUGUGACUCAGUGCAAAGUAACAUUGGGGAACAAAUGGGAUGAACAUGUCAGUUUAGAAGACGCAGGCUACUAAUUUUUGAUUUGCAACUUUGCUUACAUGUUACAGACAGUACAGCAGCCAAAAUGUACACUAGUACAGUUUAGGACUAUAUUGCAUGAGUGUGGUGUCUUUCCAAAAACUUUCUUUAAAAAACAAUUUUUUGUUAUUUUUUUUUGUUUUGUUUUUUUUGAUAAAAUGCUAUGUUUGGUACUGAAAAUUGAUUUUUUUUGUGUUCAAAUUGUAUAUAGAUUUAGAGCACUGUGAAUUGGAUCAUGAACACAAAACGUUUAUGAAUUAGUUAUUCGUAUUGUUACAUUGCUUGCAGCUUUUAUAUUUAAACUAAUAAUGUAUCCUAGAUUUUUCUUGUCACUUCUCAGAUGGUUGAAAUACGGAAGUAAUAUUAUAUUUUGUACCCCCAUGUAUAGAUUUAAGCAUUAUUGCAUCAUGUAAGUACAGUGGGUAAACUGGUACUGUAAAUUGUGCUUGGGAUCAGAUGGCAUCAAGAUUUAUUUUAAUGAUGUAAGAAUUAUUACUAUUAUAUUUCAUAAUUACUCAUAUAAAGUUAUAUUUACAUAAAUUAUGCUUGGUGCUCAAACACAGCCAAAGUGGAUAGACAAUGUUUAUCAAAUGUGGAAUUUUUAAUGUUGGGAUGUCGGCCAUAUUAUCUGCCCAGAGAAUUCUUCAGUGUUUUUGUCGUUGCUGUUUCUAAUCCUCCAGACACAAAUUUAAAAAAUGCAAGAGAGCACAUUCCCGUUGUCACUGACGUUUCUAUGAACACUUUGAGGGACUUAACAUUCCCUAAUCUAUGUCAGUAUCACUGGACAAAUGAGAUUCUUUAUGUUUAGAGUAAAAGCUUGUGGGUUUUUGUGAACUACAGUUCAUUACUAUUUGUUUAGUCCAGUUUACUUGGUCAGGAAAUCAAUCAAUUCCGUUGUUCUUGUUAAAUUUCCAUUAGCCAGUAUAUAAUACCGACAAUUGCAAUGAAUCUUUUGCCUGAACCUUAGAGGAUAAAUGUAAUUUUUUUAUCUGUCUCAAAUUGUUUCUUGAAAGCAAGCAUAACACAAGAUGUGAUAAGUUGUAGAGCUUGUUUUUGUUUUUGGCAGUGAUUACUUAUCAGUUAGCUGUAGAGUUGCACCACAUAAUGCAAGUAGGUUCCUAUUACUAGAAAUACAGUAUGCCAAAGUGUGCGCAUAAAACCUACUGUCUCAAAACAAAAAAGAGAUAUGUAUAUUUACCCUGUGUUGAUGCACCAGUGCUGCUUGCAGUUGAUGCAGCAGUGUUUGUGCUGCUUUCGGAGCUGAGAGGUGCAGUGGUUGGGUCGGUUCUGUUGGUGGUUAGUCUGUCCAGGUCUGAUUGCAACCGCAUGUUCACCCAGGUCUGAAUCACAGUAUCAUUCUCAAACAGCUUCAGAUCUUGUAGCUGCAGUCGCUGUCACACACGUGUAACUUACAUGAAAAGAUCAUAGUUUUUCUAGAGACAAUUUGGUAUAAACUAUUGUCAUAACAUUUUAACUGACAGCUUGUCAGACUUCUCUUAGGGUUGGCAUACUUGGCCCAGUACCCACAAUAAAGAACAUCAUACAUUUUGUAACUUUUUUUGCACUCUGUUAGUACAAACAGUA